CUCUCCGCCAACCAGGCUCAGUGUGCUUCUGAGAACGCUGCUUGCCAGGGUGCUUGCUACGCUGCCUACAACACCUGCAGAACCACUCGCGUCAACGGUCUUUCCGCCAACCAGGCUCAGUGUGCUUCUGAGUACGCUGGAUGCCUUGGAGAAAACCCUAUUGCUUCCUCAGGUGGUCUGAUCUCUUCUUUCAUCCCUUACUCCGCAACUGCCAGCUCUUCUGCUGCUCCUAGCUCU